UUUGUUGCGGCUGCCGCUAUUUCCACGAUCUGCCGUCCAAGAUCUACGAAUGCAUGGCCAAACCGGAUGAUGUGGUGGAAGACAGGGAAAGAGGUGUAAGUGGUGUUAUUAGCACAGCGGUCAAGUGCCCGUGGUGUGGGCAUGGUAUGAGUACGCGCUGUUGCGAGGGCUAUGCUACGGUGGUUUACCUCAGCGAGAGAUUGCAUUAGAGGGGUUUGCAUGCAUGCAGCGAGUGCUAUGUGUGGUGGGAG